GUUUGGUCACUCUAGGGUGGAAGCCCAAAAUAUUUAUUUUAUUUACAAGAAUUUUAAGGAAAUGGCGAAAUUACUGCAGAGGGUGGAAGUCAAUUUGCGAAGCUUUUACGUCUUCAACUCCAACUAUUGUAAGCGGGAAGGAGAGGAACACAAAAAGGUUUUGUUCUAUCAUCCGAAUGAUAUAGAAUUGAAUACAAAAAUCAAAGACGUGGGUCUCAGUGAGGCUAUAAUACGAUUUACUGGGACCUUUACCUCUGACGAUGACUGCCAGGCAUUACAUACCCAAAAGACCACACAGCUCUUCUAUCAACCAGAGGAUCAAUACUGGAUGGUUUUGGUCUUGAACGUCCCCAAGGAGGUGCGCCUUAAGGACGGGUUAGAGGUGGCAGAGUACCGAGGAGCAGAGAUUUGCGACAGGAUUUACCGAGCCAUCCUCAAGCAGUGCUACCAAAUGUUUCGCUUUCUAAACGGAAAAUUUGCUUCCAUCGGAUCGGAGGAACAGGAUCUAGACCAGCGCAGGGAAUUGCUUUGCCAAAAGCUGCAGACCUUCUAUGAUAAAUACUUGACAACUCUUAAGGACCUUGCCCAUUGUGAUAUCGUUGACAUGCUCCACUCUAUUCAGUACCUGCCACUGGACAAAUCGCUUUUCCUGCGAGCUCAAAACUUCAGGAUGCUAAGCGAAGCAUUUCCAUCCAUCAAGGAAACUGUCGUGCUCUAUCAGCAGCAGGUUCUCUGCGGUGGUAGACUUCUCCCGGAGGACUUGUAUUGUCUUCAUUCCUAUAUCGUAAACAACGUUUUGAAAGCGGAGGCCAGUAGCUCAACCGCCGUAAGUCCUUCGUUAAAAAGAAGUAUUAGUGAAAGCCCAUUCGAUGGUUUUGUAAGAGGCCAGCAAGCGGGAGAAGGUGAUGGACAGGAAACGGAUAAUGAGCCACCCCUCAAGAUUUUUAUUACCCUGGAAAAGGAGUCGACUCCAUACUACAUGCUCAUCUAUCGAGCACUGAACAUUACUCUUUGUCUGUUUGUAGAUGCUCAACAACCUGAGCCAAAACAGGCGUUCUACGACGAACUUCAUGCUUAUAUGGCUUCCCAAUUAAGAGCAUUGGCGCGGGACAUUGCCAGCGAGCUAGCCAAGGAGGCAGCUGGCGCCACUGGCCACGACAGCAGCAGCGAAUCAGCUCCGAAAUACCUCUUCAUCAACGAACAGAGCCUGCAACAUCACUCAAACCUUCCCCGACUAGUUCCGCAAACCAUACCCCGCAAUGUGAUGAGCAUUAUAGCUGAUCUGUCUCAUCCCAGCGGUGUGUCCGGGCUGGACAGUUCACCUGCCGAGGAGUUGCAGGUGAAAACCACUAACGACUACUGGAUCGUUAAGCGAAGCUGCAAUUUCCGGCAAUACUAUGUGAUUCUGUGCAAUAGCAAAGCCACCCUGUUGGAUGUUACCCAGGAGGCAAGACGCAUUUUUGAGCAGGAGCUUACAGAUGAUGUAUUCUUUGACAAAUAAAGAGGAGAAUCAAAUAGAA